GAUUGGCUGUGGCUGUCGGAAGCGCGAUUUUCAAAUGUGUCUGCUGCGAGGAGAAGCCGUGCUUACGAAAGGACUUUAACGCUUGGCUGUAGGAACUGGGAUCUUCGCGCUCUGGUUACUUCCACUGUCUCUGCUCGGGGAAGGGAAUCGUGACUGCUUAUUGGAGAUCACGAUGUCUUCCCAAAAUUCUUUUAUGGCCAGCAAGAAGGAGGACAAAGGGAAAAACAUCCAGGUUGUGGUCCGAUGCCGGCCCUUCAAUCAGUUGGAACGCAAGGCGAGCUCUCACUCUGUGUUGGAAUGUGAUUCUCAGAGGAAAGAAGUCUAUGUUCGGACCGGAGGAAUAAACGACAAACUGGGAAAGAAAACCUAUACGUUUGACAUGGUGUUUGGGCCUGCAGCCAAGCAAAUUGAGGUGUACAGAAGUGUUGUGUGCCCCAUCUUGGAUGAAGUUAUUAUGGGAUAUAACUGCACAAUCUUUGCGUAUGGGCAGACUGGCACAGGCAAGACCUUUACUAUGGAAGGGGAAAGAUCAUCAGAUGAAGAGUUUACCUGGGAACAGGACCCUCUGGCAGGAAUUAUUCCUCGAACGCUGCAUCAGAUAUUUGAGAAGCUCUCUGAGAACGGCACAGAGUUUUCGGUGAAAGUCUCUCUCCUGGAAAUCUACAACGAAGAACUCUUUGAUCUGUUAAGCCCAUCUCCCGAUGUUGGGGAAAGGCUGCAAAUGUUCGAUGAUCCUCGGAACAAAAGAGGAGUCAUUAUCAAAGGGCUGGAGGAGAUAUCUGUGCAUAACAAGGAUGAGGUGUACCAUAUAUUGGAGAGAGGUGCAGCCAGGAGGAAAACUGCUUCUACUCUGAUGAAUGCAUACUCCAGUCGAUCCCAUUCCGUGUUCUCGGUCACCAUUCACAUGAAAGAAACUACUGUUGAUGGAGAAGAGCUUGUGAAGAUCGGGAAGCUGAACUUGGUGGAUCUGGCGGGAAGUGAAAAUAUUGGUCGUUCUGGAGCUGUGGACAAAAGAGCACGCGAGGCUGGAAAUAUCAACCAAUCCCUGCUCACCUUGGGCAGGGUAAUAACUGCUCUGGUGGAGAGAACUCCUCAUAUUCCAUACAGAGAAUCCAAACUCACAAGGAUCCUGCAGGAUUCUCUUGGAGGGAGGACAAAAACCUCUAUCAUUGCAACAGUGUCACCUGCAUCCAUUAAUCUGGAGGAAACUGUGAGCACUUUGGACUAUGCCAACAGAGCAAAGAGUAUUAUGAAUAAGCCAGAGGUUAACCAGAAACUUACAAAGAAGGCACUCAUCAAGGAGUACACAGAAGAGAUUGAGCGACUCAAGAGGGAACUUGCUGCAGCCAGAGAGAAGAAUGGAGUUUAUUUAUCCAGUGAGAACUAUGAACAAUUACAGGGAAAAGUUCUGUCUCAAGAGGAGAUGAUUACGGAGUACACUGAGAAAAUAACUGCCAUGGAGGAGGAACUGAAAAGCAUCAGUGAGCUGUUUGCUGACAAUAAGAAGGAGCUGGAGGAGUGCACCACCAUCCUUCAGUGCAAGGAGAAGGAACUGGAGGAAACACAGAACCACCUGCAAGAAUCAAAGGAACAGUUGGCUCAGGAAUCAUUUGUGGUGUCUGCCUUUGAGACUACAGAAAAGAAGCUUCACGGCACAGCAAACAAGUUAUUGAGCACAGUGAGGGAGACAACAAGAGAUGUGUCGGGUCUCCAUGAGAAAUUGGACAGAAAAAAAGCUGUAGACCAGCACAACUUUCAGGUUCAUGAGAACUUUGCGGAACAAAUGGAUAGACGCUUCAGUGUGAUUCAGCGAACUGUGGAUGAUUACAGUGUGAAGCAGCAAGGCAUGCUGGAUUUCUAUACAAACUCCAUCGACGACCUUCUGGGCGCCAGUUCCUCUGCACUGAGUGCAACUGCCUCUGCUGUUGCCAAGUCCUUUGCCUCGGUGCAGGAAACUGUAACAAAGCAAGUGUCGCACAGUGUUGAGGAGAUACUGAAGCAGGAAACCUUGUCUUCCCAAGCUAAAGGUGAUAUGCAGCAGCUUAUGACUGCGCAUCGCACAGGACUGGAAGAGGCACUAAGGUCCGAUUUGCUUCCAGUUGUGACUGCUGUUUUGGACCUAAAUUCUCAUUUGAGUCAUUGCUUGCAGAGCUUCCUAAUUGUGGCCGACAAGAUUGAUUCUCAUAAAGAAGAUAUGAAUUCCUUCUUCACCGAACAUUCUAGAUCGUUGCACAAACUUCGGCUGGAUUCUAGUUCUGCCUUGUCCAGUAUUCAGUCAGAAUAUGAAAGCCUAAAAGAGGACAUUGCGACAGCUCAGUCCAUGCAUUCAGAGGGGGUGAAUAAUCUUAUCAGUUCGCUACAAAACCAGCUGAACUUGCUUGGCAUGGAGACCCAACAACAAUUUUCUGGAUUUCUGUCCAAAGGAGGAAAGCUGCAGAAGUCUGUGGGGAGUCUGCAGCAAGAUCUGGACUUGGUUUCCUCGGAAGCCAUAGAAUGUAUCUCUUCCCAUCACAAGAAGCUCACUGAGCAGUCUCAGGACGUGGCUGUGGAGAUCAGGCAGCUGGCAGGCUCUAAUAUGAGCACCUUGGAGGAGUCCAGCAAACAGUGUGAGAAGCUCACCAGCAGUAUCAAUACCAUCUCUCAGGAAAGCCAGCAGUGGUGUGAAAGUGCCGGCCAGAAGAUUGACUCUGUUUUAGAGGAGCAAGUGUGUUACCUGCAUUCCAGCAAAAAGCAUCUCCAGAACUUACACAAGGGUGUAGAAGAUAGCUGUGGAUCAUCGGUGGUAGAAAUUACCGACCAUGUGAACGUACAGCGCCAGGCUGAGGAGAAGGCAUUAACCAGUUUGGUGGAACAGGUCAGGGAUGACCAGGAGAUGGUUGGAGAACAGCGCUUGGAACUCCAAGAACAAGUACAGAGCGGCCUGAACAAAGUACAUAGCUACCUCAAGGAGGAACUCAGGAAUGAUGUCCCAACAGGUACAACGCCCCAGAGGAGGGAUUAUGCGUACCCAUCUUUGCUUGUUAAAACAAAACCCAGGGAUGUGCUGUUGGAGCAGUUUAGGCAACAGCAGCAAGAAUAUCUGGAAUCCAUAUCCAGCGUGAUCUCUGAGGCUGUGGAACCGCCAGUGGAGCAGGAUUCUCUAGAAGAUGAGCCACCGGUUGCAGUUAAUGACAGCGUCAUCAGUGAGAGAUCCUGCAUUGAUCUCAGUAUGACUUGUCAGGAGAAAGGAGGAAUUCCAUUCUUCCAGCAAAAGAAAGCACUUCGGAAGGAAAAGGAAAACCGGGGAAAUACAACACUUUUGGAGAGAUCUAAAAUCAUGGACGAGGUGGACCAAGCUCUUACGAAAUCUAAACUUCCCCUGCGAAUGCAGAACUGAAGCACUUGCUUAACCCCAUGAGUGAAUGUGCGGAUUUGUCUCUCUGUGCAGAAAUUUUAAUACAUUUUUAACUGUUGUGUGUAUCCGGGUGUUGCGUAUGCAGAAUUUUUACUUAUCUUGGUUAUAUAUAUAUAUAUGUGUGUCUAUCGUCACUUGUAUGUCAAAUAUUAAAAAUACUUUCUAAAGUAGAACUUCUCAGGCUUUACGAGUUAGUUAUGGAAAAGUGUAUUUAAUUUUAUUCAUCAAUAAAUAUUCCCUUUUCUAUA